GGGAAUAAGGAAAAGAAAAAAAGAAAAGUUGGAUGCAUACUUUAAUAAGGGUAGAUAUUUGAAUUUGCAGACUUGUGGUUACAAUUAUGCUCUGAAAUGGCAGUCAUUACGCUUUACAGUUGUACAAGCAACGCUGCAGAGAAAUCAGAUUACUGCUCAACCCCCAUGGCCGAACGGGAUCCAUUCCAUUCCAGGCUUCUUCAUCACUAUAGUCUUCUCUUUUUCCAUCUCUCUGUUCAUCAAUGAUUCAACCCCAGAAAGAAUUUCUUGCCAAAAAUUCAACUUCUUCUUUGAUUUUCCUUUCCCUUCUGGUUCUUCCAUCGUUUUCCUACCCUCACAUGGCGGCCACCCUUUAGCCAUUUUUGGCAUCUCCGAUUGUUUUUUGGGUUUCUUGUUUUAGUUUUUGGAUAUGGCUAUUCGAGGUGUCGAUUUCAAAUGGUACGAUGGCUUCUUCUUGUCUAUGCUUGCAACUAGUAUGUAUCCUUUUGCCAUAUGACUGCAAGCUGUUGCUAUUUAGGUUUGCUUGUUUUAACUCUUUUCAGAAAAUUGUAAUUGGAUUUCAUGAGCCUUCUCUUGCAUUCCUUCUGAGAUCAAGCUGUUCAACUAGAAACUUUGUUUCUUGUUUAUGUUACUUUUUUUCUUGCUUUCCUUUAACCCCCUGCUUGUGUUUUUUACUUAGCUUUUUGAGCGCUGGAAUGAUUAUAUAUGGGGUAUAAGUUUCAUUGUUAUAUUUCUUUAUCUCUUCUUUUCUUUAACUGUUUUGCUUGUUAGAAUCAUUGUGACCAUCAAUUGGAGAAGGUACAAUACUUGUACAUAUCCUUUGCACAUAUGGAUUGUGGUUGAUUAUACCUCUGUGUUUGCUUUUCGCCUUUUGUUGUUCAUAGAUAAUGCACUUUCAGCUGGAAUGGGAUUAUUUUGGAUGGCAGCAGCGGUAUGCUCGGUUUUGUGGAAGAGUCGUGGUUCUUUCUAUCUUGUCUCUAUUGCUCUACCCGUUUCUAUGUGCGUGGACUGUGAUUGGUACCCUGUGGUUUAGAGAUGCUAAAGACUGUUUACCUGAAGAGGGACAGAAAUGGGGUUUCCUUAUUUGGUUGCUUUUCAGCUACUGUGCCCUCCUUUGCAUUGCCUGCAUGUCAGUUGGAAAGUGGUUAGUGCGUAGACAAGCACACUUGUUCCGUGCCCAACAAGGCAUACCGGUAUCAGAAUAUGGAGUUCUAGUUGAUAUGAUUAGAGUUCCUGAUUGGGCAUAUGAAGCUGCAGGACUGGAAACACGAGCCAUUGGCCAAGAUGCUACUGGGUAUCAUCCCGGACUGUUCUUAACCUCAGCUCAGCGGGAAGCUGUGGAAGCUCUCAUCCAGGAACUUCCAAAGUUUAGGCUGAAGGCUGUCCCAACUGAUUGCAGUGAAUGCCCUAUUUGCCUUGAAGAGUUUCAUGUAGGGAAUGAGGUUCGUGGUAUGCCAUGUGCUCACAAUUUCCACGUUGAAUGUAUUGACGAAUGGCUUCGUCUGAAUGUCAAAUGUCCUCGAUGCCGCUCCUCCGUCUUCCCAAAUCUCGACCUCAGCGCUCUUUCUAACCUGCAUUCAGACACAGAACAAACAUCUCACAAUGCUUUUGUAACAACCCAACCUUCAAGUCUAUCGAGAUCAACUCCAACUCACGCAGCUCAUACCGAAAACAGUCUCCAAACUGAUACUGCCUUAGAUGCUUUGGAAAAUGGAAACUCACCCAUGCCAUCUGCUUCUCCUCAUUGAUCUACAACCAUCUUAACCAAAACUCCUCAGAAAGAUUCAACACUGAUAUAAACCAGAAAAAGCAAAAGAACACUGACAUCUUCUAUAGUUGUUCUAUUGUAAAUCCUUCUAAAAACUUGGCCAAAGAGUGAAUUUUUUGUUAGGUUUUUGAAAGAUGGUUAUAAAAUAUUUAUGAAUCUGACAGCGACCCUCAAAAUUUUAGCCAUGGAGGAAACAAGAGUUCACGUGGGUUUCUUCUGUUAGGCCAUGUUCAUGGCUCGUGGAUCUCAUAGAUUCCUCACCACUUGACAAAUAUUUCCCAUCAGAUCCUCCCUUUCCAUUUCCAACCCAUCUUUUUUGUCUUCUUCU